AUGCUAUCCAUUCGCUGCCAGGCCCGGAUCCUCUUCUCAGCCGCCACCAGGAGCGGGCGCCUCAUUAGACUGAACCUCUUGCGAAAUGUUGCCACCGGCACUGGUACUGGUACCAGCACUGGCUCCGGCUCCCGCUCUCGCUCCGAACUGAUGCGAAAGCUGAGUGAGUGGCACGCCAGUGCGUUCAGCAAUAGGUUCCUACUGUUCACCAACGUGGGCAUCUCGCUGACGCUCAGCUGCCUCGGCGAUGUGAUGGAGCAACACUUGGAGAUCUACAACGGGGAGAUUGAACGGUUUGACAGCCUGCGCACCAGUCACAUGGCCACCAGCGGUGUCACCGUGGGCGUUAUUUGCCACUACUGGUACAAGAUGCUAGACAAGCGGAUGCCCGGCCGCAGCAUGCGUGUGGUGGCCAAGAAGAUUGUGCUCGACCAGCUGAUAUGCUCGCCCGUCUACAUCAGCGUCUUCUUUGUCACCCUAGGACUGCUGGAAAAGAAGGAUAAGCACGAGGUGUGGGAGGAGAUCAAGGAGAAGGCCUGGAAGCUGUACGCUGCCGAGUGGACAGUGUGGCCGGCGGCGCAGUUCAUAAACUUCUACUGGAUACCCACCCACUACCGCAUCUUCUACGACAACAUCAUCAGCCUGGGCUACGACGUGCUCACGUCGAAGGUGAAGCACACAAAGUCGCACAUCAAGAAAAUCCCCUAACAUCCACUGUCGCCAAACGCUCGUACCUCAGCCAACAAUAAAUUGUAUUGUAACUAUUUCUUUCGAACACCUUGUAAAUAUAGACGAGCCUAUGUACAUACACUCGGCCACCCCAAAUAUGUUGUUGAUCUGUA